CUGCCAUUUAGAGUAAUUUGAUUUGGCACUUAACUCUAAGUUUCUAUUUUGCUGAUCAUUUUAAUUGUUGAAAUUUUUAAUGUUUCCGACAAUAUUGCUCUCAGUAUCGUGAUUGCACCCCAAGAUUGCAAUUGGGUGUUUUAAUUUGACGCAUUCUCUUUCUCGAUUGUUAGGCCGUGUGUGUCUGCUAUUUGACUCGAAUACUAAUGAUGUGGCGAUUCGGGUUGGUGAGAUUGGAUUACGCGUAGAUGAUGAAAGUAGAUAAGGGUGAUUUUGGCCGUUUUCGGUAGUCUUUUCUUCCUGUUUUUCAAUUGAGUCUUCAAUUGCUUCAUUGGUUGGUAACUUGACUUGCUGCUAUUUUUCUCUCUCCUGCUAGUGCUAGCCUGGUGGUAGGUAUGGUCAUCCAAUAGUAAUUCCUACCCGACGGUGCGAUUUUCUGCAGAGCGCUGUGGCAUUUUACUUUGUUCCUUUCAAAUCCACCUCGGCCACUCGACUCUCCAAAUGUAUUCUGUCUGCUGCCUAAUUUAAUAACAUUUCAGGCUUCUUCCCGUCCCAAAUUAGUCGCCAAAAUGUCACGCAAUUUUUAAUUCAUCUUCUCAUCCCUAUACUAGCCCAGUCUGAAAUGAAAUGAAAUUAAAUCAAUUCAAGUGCGGCGUCUAAUCCAAAUGAGUAUUACAACCUCUGUUGAAUGUUUUAUUUCAAUUUCAAACGAAUUUAUUCACUUUGCCCGCUUUUUGAACAACUUCAAUGCAGGCUACUAUCUGCAAACCAUAGUGCCCAAACCGGCGCCCAAUACUAAUGUAACAGCUUGAUAAGGACUUGGGAAGCAUUGCACAACUUACAGGUGAAGACUGACUGUAGUAAUGGCUUUAUCCAUGCAAUCUGGGAAUUGACGCGGUUGCGAGAAAGGCAGUGGCUCUUUCUAGUCUAGUGUAAUAAUACUAGUAGCUGAAUUUGAGCGUGAACGGAGGCGGAGCAAGGACAAGACAUCGUACAAAAACAGCAGCAGCAGCAAUAGCAGCGUAGAUGUUAAAUUUGUAGCCUGAUUACUUUGAAAUUCGAUUAGGCCGUAAAAAGUUUACGGAUUUAAUUAAAUUUACAACGAGCCACCAAGUUGAUUUUGGCCCAAAAUUGUGAGCGCCGACUUAGCGUUUAUCCUUUUUUGCCAUUAUUUGUUCCAUUUUAGAUUGAUUUCUUUUCUUAUUCGAACAUCAAAGGCACAAAACAACCGCUCCUACACCGCUUAUCCCCCUUGAAAAGCUCAACAACCACCGCCUUACGUAACUUCAACUAUAACACAAUAGUACCAUAUAAGCACAAACACUCAUCGGGUAAAGCUGGUGUUGUUUCUAGAUAAAGCACAAUUUUCAAUUCUGCUGCAGAAUUAUUUGUAACGUACUCUAUUGUUUCCUAUGCGUCACAUAUUGAGAAAAAAAAUCAAUGAAAAAGCUAAUUAUACUUCGUUUUGCCUUUUGUCAGUCAAACCUUUUAUCAGUUUUGUGCUGAUUUCAAUGGAUAAGCGUUCAAAUAAUUUUGUUUCUUAGCUUUGUACAUCAUUUUAUUCGAUCAGAAGAGUAAUUCAUUUCUAUCCCCUGCUUCAAAAGCUGAUUCAUCUAUUUCUUCUUCUGCUUAAGUUAUUUUUAAUGAAAAUGGGCGAAAAGUCUUUGAGCCAACUGGGUUUAGUUUUAUUCGCUUUCCUUAUUGCGUGCACAUCGUGUGUAAGUGCCGCUUCAAAUGAAUCUGCAGCUUCCGAAGAAAAGUGCGUAGCGAAAGGGGAUGGGUGCAGCGAGGCUAAAGACGGCCUCAUUUUAUCCUGCUGGCGUCCGUUUAAGACAUCGACAGCAGAUUACGUAGCGAGGGGAUUUGUCUACUUUUUCGCGCUCUGUUACAUGUUCCUGGGAGUAUCAAUCGUGUCUGAUCGAUUCAUGUCCGCUAUUGAAAUGAUCACGAGUCAGGAGAAACAGGUCACAGUCACUCGGCCCAAUGGCGAGAAAGCAGUCGUCACUGUCCAAAUCUGGAACGAGACUGUUUCUAAUUUGACUCUAAUGGCGUUGGGGUCGAGUGCUCCUGAAAUCAUGUUGUCAGUCAUCGAAAUCAUCAGUCGUAAAUUCGAGUCAGGUGACCUUGGUCCAGGUACAAUCGUAGGCUCGGCCGCUUUCAAUCUGUUUUGCAUCAUUGCCAUCUGCGUGUAUGUGAUUCCCGAUGGCGAAGGACGAAGAAUUGAACAUUUGCGCGUGUUUGUUUGCACUGCUAGUUGGAGUGUGUUCGCUUAUAUCUGGAUGUACAUUAUCAUCGCAGUGAUCAGUCCCAACGAAGUGGAAGUCUGGGAGGGCCUGGUGACAUUUGCUUUCUUCCCUUUGCUAGUCCUAAUAGCUUACAUUACAGAUAGGAAGAUAUUUUUCAUGCGGUUCCUGGACAAAAAAUACACUGCACAUUAUACGGGAGCUCAGGACAUAAAUAUGAGUGAGCAAAAUGGAGACGUUGAGAUGCAAAAGCACAAUGCGAACAACAACCACGACGGCAAUCUAUUGUCCAACCACGAUGCUCAUGUAGGCUUCAAAGGUUCCAAGAUGAACCUGCAAGACUUGAGUUCGAGCGACCAGCACAAAAGAGAGUUCAUGAUGAAAUUGGUCGAACUGAAAGAACAACACCCUGAUCUAGACAUGGAUAAACUAGAACAGAUGGCAGCCUACGAGGUUGUGCAGAAUCAGCAUAAAAGCAGAGCCUACUAUCGAAUCGCGGCAACGCGAAAAAUGACAGGUGGUGGAAACGUGAUCAAGAAGAAUUUGGAAAAGAAAGCACAUGAAAAGGACCUUACGGAGGUAAUAGAAGAAGAGGAAAGUUUUGCCAAGGUCGUAUUUGACCCCGAACACUACACAGUAAUGGAAAACGUGGGAUCAUUUGAAGUUGGGGUGUACAGAAUUGGAGAAGAUUUAGACUUUUACACUUACGUUGAUUUCGAAACCAUCGACGGAUCAGCCAACCAAGGUUCGGAUUUCCACUACGCGGCCGGCACCCUUGUAUUCAAACCGGACGAAACCCACAAAGAAGUAACCCUGCACAUUGUAGACGACGACGUGUUUGAAGAAGACGAGCACUUCAGUGUGAAGUUGUCGAAUGUCCGCAACGCCAAGUCCCCUCUAGCCGAUAAAGUCCAAAAUGACCCCUCAAUCGAUUGCCGACUAGGAGCAGUUGAUGAAUGCAUGAUCACAAUUCUAGACGAUGACCAUUGCGGUGUGUUCUGUUUUGAAGAAGAAGAAAUCUCCUGUCCCGAGAACUGUGGGGAGGUGAAAAUUAAAAUUGCCAGACACUCAGGUGCCAGAGGCAACAUCCACGUGCCUUUUCUCACCAUCGACGGAACCGCGAAGGGCGGCGGAGUUGAUUUUGAAGACUCCUUUGGUGAGCUAGAGUUCACUAAUGACCAAGCAUCCGGAUUCAUUACCGUCAAAGUUAUCGACGACGAAGAGUACGAGAAGCAUGAACACUUCUUUGUCGAAAUCGGAAAUCCACGCCAAAUAGCCAGACGAAGUUCGACGGGAACUGUCAUUUACGAAGACGACUUUGAAAAAGACGAGUCCAAAAUGACAGAAGAAGAGCUGAUCGCGACUCAAGGGCGUGCAAAACUGGGUGCUAUUACUAGACUCAAGGUCAACAUUACUGAGAGUAAAGAGUUCACUGGAGCUGUUGAUCGGCUACUGAAAAAUACUAAUAUGGGCGAACUUCUAAGCACGUCUUCAUGGACUGAACAAUUCGUAGAAGCGAUCUCAGUAAGUGCGGGAGGAGACGAUGAUGAUGAAGGCGACGACGAGGAGGGAGGCGAAAACAGCCUUCCAUCGUGCAUGGAUUACGUCAUGCAUUUCCUAACUGUCUUCUGGAAGAUUCUGUUUGCAUUUAUUCCCCCUACCAAUAUCGCCGGUGGAUGGGCAUGCUUUGUUGUUUCUAUUGGCGGCAUCGGAGCUUUGACAGCUGUUAUUGGUGACUUAGCGUCACAUUUUGGCUGCACGGUUGGGCUUAAAGAUGCUGUAACAGCUAUUUCUUUUGUGGCUCUGGGAACCAGUGUCCCCGAUACCUUCGCCAGUAAAACAGCCGCAGUCGGUGAUAAAACUGCCGACGCUUCUAUUGGUAAUGUGACAGGAAGCAAUGCAGUGAAUGUUUUCCUGGGAAUCGGAAUCGCCUGGUCUGUGGCAGCUAUAUACCACGCCAUCAAGGGAACCCCCGGAGGCUUCGCAGUAGAACCCGGAGCUCUUGGAUUCUCGGUCACUCUAUUUUGCAUCUUAGCCUCUAUUUGUAUUGCCGCUUUGUUCUUCAGGAGGUUCAACUCCUCAAUUGGCUUCGAGUUGGGAGGACCUAGGAAAUCCAAAAUCAUUACCUCAAUUUUAUUUGUGGGCCUUUGGAUAACUUAUGUCGCAAUGUCAGCAAUGGUCGCCUAUUGUGUUUUCGACCCUGGAUUUUAGUCAGUGAGAAUUGGAACCGCAGGUCAACUCGGAUAACAAGAAAGCAACAGAUUGUAUCUGAGAUGCAAAUUUCCAAAAACAACUCAUUUUAUCAUAAUGCCUCACCGCCUCUGAGUUUUUGAUACAGUUUUUGUAACUGAUUUAAUUGUCAUUCGCUCCGAGAUUUGAUUGCGAAUAGAGAAGUUUUGCGGUUGUAGUUUGUUCACUUGAAAAUGUUGGUCGAAUCGACUUUUAUAAGCACAAAAAAAGACUCACCGAUUAAUCCUGGUUAACAAAUGCAAAAAGCUGCUAGUCUUUAAAUUAUAAUUUUUAAAUUUAUUUGUAAAAUUUAAAAGAGCCUGGGGCUCCUGAAGUUACCAUUUUAAUGGUUUAAGUUUCGUAAAUCGUUUAAUAUUUUCUCUAUUUUGAAUUUUUCAAUGAAUUUCUCUAAAUUACGAAUUCUAAUUAAUCUGGUCAGUAUUUGCAAACUAGUUUAUAAUUUUUAUUUUCUGUAUAUGACUUAUAUUUUUUCAUUUGCCCUCUUCAGCGUAAUUUAUAAUGACACCAUUAAUUUCAUUAAUUAUUACUAUAAUUUAGGGCACACAAACUCAAGCUCUUUUUUAUUUUUAUGUUAAUUAAAUUAAAUUAACCUUGCUCUCAAUAGAAAAGAGAAAAAUCUUUUUUACUGUGCCCCGAAUUCUUCAAACUAAAUUUUGGUUUCAACUUAAGCAGUUAACCACAGUCUAAGCUUGGCUCUUUUCCAGUCCCCGCAUAGAUAUGGCAUACUCCUACUACAUCAAUUCGUGGGCAUGAAACAAGUACGAUCAAAAAAUCAUAUAUUUUUCUUAUCGCAAUGAUGUUUUUUGGAGGAAAGCCACCAAUUACGGGGACUGGAAUGAUAGAAGGUAAUGCUCCACGUAGCUGUAAGUAAUAUGAUGCACUUAAAUCUGAGUUCUGUGCAAUGUAAUCAGUGCAAUAAUGUAGUUUUGUGGUCCGUUUCUUGCAAUGCUCCAUUUAUAAUCUGCUCAAUUCUAGAUGCACUCA